AUGAGUGGGAAAACUAACAGAACAUCAAGAAUAUCUGCAUCAGUUCUGAUUUUUUGCAACUUUGUUACUAUGUUUUUCUGCAUCACGAUAUUCGGGUUCAGCCUGUGGGUGAUCGCUUCACCCAGCUCCUUCGCCGGUGCUGUCAACAUCUUCGGGACUCCAACGCUGAAGGCGUUGUUGGCAGAAGACGCCCCGUUCCUGGAGAUGGGUAUCAGCGUCGCCAUGUUGUCCGGAUUUUUCUUCUUCAUAUCGUUUAUGGGGUUCUAUGGCGCGAUCACUGGUUCGCAGUUCUUGCUUUUCAUGUACGCCGCGCUUGUGAUUCUUCUAUUGCUGCUGGAGUGUGCCGUCAUGUACUACAUCUCAUCCAAUUUAGUGGAGAAAGGUAUCCAAGAGCGAAAUAGUUACUUAACGCACGCCAUUCGUCUUACACUACAAUGUUGUGAACAGAAUAUCACAAUUUCUCCGCCAGACGGCAAAGCACCGCCAUGGUCCUGCUGCGGUGCGGAGACCUAUCCCAAAAACUGCACACUCGACAGAGUUUAUCCUACAGGCUGUCACCAAGCGGUAAUUAAUUGGCUAAAACGCUACGAAACGCCAAUAUACGUCUGCCUGGCGAUAUCUCACAUAAUAUUAUCGCUCUGCUCACUCCUACGACGAGCUCUCAGUGCGUCUCACUCUUACAGCUAGCGAUCGCAGCGCCGCUCUGGCGGUAAGUUAAAUAAAAAGUUUUUAUUUUAUAAAGUUUUUUGUGCUA